CAUCAUCAUCAUGAAAAAUUUCAUUCGUUUCGUUUUAAUCUGUAUCGAGAUAAUUGUUAUCUUCCAAUCAACAGAAUCAUCAUCAGUAAAUUCAUCGUCAUCUCCAUCUGCUUCUUCAUCAUCAACAGCAUCUCCAUCAUCAUCAUCAUCAUCAUCUUCUUCUUCUUCUUCUUCAUCAACCAAAUCAUCUGCAUCUUCCUCAUCAUCUGAACCUUCCCAAGCGGAAUCAUCUGUUAAACCAGUUCGAAAUGAUCUGACCAUCUUAUUGACCGAUAGACCAAUCGGUGAGAUUCAAAAUAACAACAACGCAAAUGAUUGUGUUAAUGAUAAAAGUUCAUCAAAUUCUGGUACUCGAAACAUGAAAGGAAAUGGUAAAAAUCGUUACAGUUCCCAGCGAGUGGUCAGUUCAUCUUCAACUAAAGGAUUAACUGGCUCUCGAUUCACUGGGAUUAGUCAAACUAAAGUCACUGAUAAUCUUAGUGAAUAUAAGUUACUCCAUCAUGGUCAUCUUGACGAUCCAUCAGAUGAUCAACCCAAGCAACAAGGUAACUUACUAAACACUCGUAAUCAAGGUAAACAUUCAUGGACAUCGAAAUUUCAAAACAAUCAAAAUUAUCGGGAUAAUUCACCGAUGAACAGAAUCUCAAAGAAUCGCCACCAAUUACAAGAAUAUGGUUCAUCUUUGAGAAAGAAGUUCAAUAAUCUUCGACAAGGGCAAACAAGAUUAAAUCAAGGUGUUAACAAUGGUCAACUUCAAUCAUCGAAUAAAAAUAAUGCUGGUCAAGUGAUUGUAAGUGAAAAUGAAUCAGCUGAUGGCGAUCAAGAGGAACAAGAAGAAGAGGAAGAAAAACCGAAAAAAAAGAAAAAGAUUAACAAGAAAAUUUCAAGUAAAAAAUACAAGACCAAUAAUAGUAACAAGCAUAAAACUUAUGGCUACUCGAACUUGAAAGGUCAUCGAAUCGCAAUCAAGGAUGGAUCGAGAAACAAAAUCAAAUCUAAUCACAAACAAUCAAAGGAUAAGGUUCACAUUAUCCUGGUAACAUGAUUAACCUUUUAAUCUCAAACCAGAUGAUUAACCUAAUCCUCUAAAACAAUCAAAUCUAAUUUAUUCCGUUACUCGAAAAACUAAUCACUAAUUUAAAUCCUUUAAUCUAUGAAAAGAUUGAAACCCAAUCAUGUUACCCAAAUUUACCUGAAGAUUAACAUUAUAAACCCAAAAGUUAAUGAAAAGAAAUCAAAGAUUACUAAUUAUCAGGAGAGAUUAACAAUUUAUUAUCAACAAUUAAAGUUAACAAUUUUAUAUAUCAUCUAAUCUCAAAGGUGAUGAGAAAGUAACAAUUAUUGUAACUGUUACAAAUUGACAAUGUCAAUC